AGGAGAUGCCUGACACUUCCAAGCGCAGGAACUGGGAACGAUGGCUAUGACAACGAGAACAAUGAUCUGAUAUUGAAUGUGGAUGACAUCCUGGUGAUGAAGGAAAGAAGAUACAUUGUCAGGGAUAUGCUGGGCCAAGGCACCUUCGGGCAGGUCGUGCGAUGCUUUCGAGAGGACACCCGUGAAGAAGUGGCUGUCAAGGUCAUCAAAAAUCAGACGGCCUUCUAUCAUCAGGCUCGUGUCGAGGUUGGCGUCCUGCAGUUUCUGAACACCCGGGGAGAUCCAGAGAACAGGCAUCACAUUGUGAGAAUGCGUGAUUUCUUCGUCUUCCGCAAUCAUCUCUGCCUGGUUUUCGAGCUCCUAAGUGUCAAUCUCUACGAGCUCGUCAAGCACAACCAGUUCAGGGGCCUGUCUAUGAAUCUGCUGCGCGUCUUCAUCUCCCAGAUCCUGGAUGCGCUGUCGGUGUUGCAUGAGUGCAACAUCAUCCACUGCGACCUCAAGCCGGAGAACGUGCUGCUCAAGGGGCUCGACUCGGGCGAGAUCAAGGUCAUCGACUUUGGCUCCGCCUGCUUCGAGAACCGCACCAUGUACUCCUACAUCCAGUCGCGCUUCUAUCGCUCCCCCGAGGUGCUGCUGGGCUACCCGUACGACGUGGCGAUCGACAUGUGGUCGCUGGGCUGCAUGGCAGCAGAGCUCUACCUGGGCCUCCCGCUCUUUCCGGGCGCCUCGGAGCAUGACCUGCUGGUGCGCAUUGUGGAGAUGCUGGGGAUGCCUCCGCCGCACGUGCUGGCGCGCGCGACGCACCUGCGCAAGUACUUCAAGCGCGAGGAGGAGCUGCUGUCCGUUGGGGGCGUCCCCAUGCGCCACCAGAAGUACAGGCUGCGGACGCAGGCUGAGUUUGAGGCGAUGCACGGCGUGAAGGCGCCGGCGGGCAAGCGCUACUUCCAGCACACGAAGCUGCCGGACAUCAUUGGCGCGUACCCCUUCCGCUCGGGGCUGUCCGAGGUGCAGCUGGCCCACGAGACCGAGCGCCGCGAGGCUUUCCUCGACUUCCUCAUGGGGGUCCUGGAGCUCGAUCCGGAGGUGCGCUGGAGCCCGCAGCAGGCGCAGCAGCACCCCUUCCUUACGGGCGCGCGCUUCACAGGCCCCUUCCAGCCG